GUAGGCCGGUAUUACUCAUGAGUUCGGCAUUCCUUUUAUUGUGAAAGGGUAAUAUUUAACGAGCCUAUCGUCCCACACACACAGCACGGUACACAAUGCGCCACUGUUGUGUACACCCAUGACAAUAUUUUUGUCAGCGCUUAGUGUAUGAGCAAUGUACUCGUGUGUUGUGUACCCAUAUCGAUAUGAACCUACUCAUCUAGGCGUGCGCAGUAUGCGAGUGUACAUCGUCGUUUGUUGAUGAUGCAGUAAAGUGGGAACGCCCAACUGUAUAUUACCAGCAUCAAUCACACUCAGCAGCGGACGACAGACAUCACCGUGUCACUCGCACGUACUCCCCCGGACCAAUCGCACCGUACACCCCGUCGAUCCGUCUGCCGUGCGCCGCUCGAAGGUUGAGGGUCGCGUGACAGGGAGUCUAUACAGGGAAUGAUUCAAUAAAAUAGCCAAUUCCAAUUUUGGGGCUAUUUUGAAGGAUGGAACGCUGCGAACGGAACGCAAGAAUCAUGAGUCCAUGGAAUAUACUGCUCUGUUGGAGUAUUUUGCUCGCUGUAGGCCUACAAAACAAAGGGGUGCUUGCGCAAGACUGUCUUUUUCGGAACGACCUCUGUGAUUGGUCAAAUGACGGUGACGUAGACUGGGUUCAGAGGUCAGACUCCGCCAGUACGGGAACAGAACAUUGUGCGGAGGUUCUUCUAACCGACACCACCCCUCCUGGACCUCACCAAGCUGUACUCGCCAGCAUGACCCAACCUCAUGUCAUGACCAUGCUGGGUUUUUACUACCGCCUGGGGGCGCCAAACACACUGACCGUAGUAGCCGAGGUGGCUGGGCGGCCAGAGCAGGUCUUGACGCAACGCAACGGUACGGACGGGGCCGGUUGGAUCGAGGUUGACAUAGGCCUGGACCUUCAGAGUAGUAACUUCAAGAUUUAUUUCAAGGCUGAUAUUCCUGAAAACUCGACGGGCUUUGUCGGUCUGACGAAUAUAACGCUUCGAAUUGGAGCCGAUGAAUGUGCCAGCACGCCGUGCCAAAAUGGCGGAGCGUGUAUCGAUGGUAAUAACUCCUUCACCUGCGUGUGUAACAGUGGCUUCAAGGGGGAAGUCUGCCAGAUUGAUACCAAUCCUCGCCCAAAAACAACAGUUCCGCCGACAACCACAGAGAUGUUUACCACAAGCUCUGUUGGACCAACGACGCAGAAACAACCACAGAAAACAACUACGAUUAAAAUACCGCCCUCUACCGCGCCGCAUACGUUUACGACGUUUGAAACACCGCCCUCUACCGACUCGACAAUCAAGUACGGCACCGUCUCGACGCCUGAAAAGUUGCCACAGACAAACGGCAAUGGGAAAGGGAUGGCACAAUCCACAAUGAUCGCGGUAAUCGCCGUUGCUUCAGUGGUACUCAUCGGUGUUUUAAUCUCCGUCGUUUGGUUACUGCUGUACUUUAAGAAGAGAUCCUGGCAGCCCCGCUACCAGGAGAGGGGGGUGUCCAUGGAGAACGUCAGCAACUACUCGGAAUCGAUCCACGGCAAGUGGACGAGUACCGUCGAUAUCCCGGGAUCGAAUCCGGCCUCGAAACCAGAACUCACGCCGGUCGAGGAGACUGACCCCCUCCCUGAAAAAGUCGAGAACAUUUACGUCGCAUCGCCGACUAAUGGGCUGGUGAAUACUGGCUACAACAUCGAUAACAUGUACUGAUUCGGUGAGAAUGUCUCAAGUGAAAAUGAAGUCACACUCAGGCUGCAGUUUUAUAUCAACUCUGUUCCCUAAUUGAAGUAAGAAUGGGUUUUUUCCUUUGUAAAAAUCCUUACAUUUUUGGCUUCCUCGGGGAACAUUUUGCCGUCCGCAACUCCAUUGCACCAUAGCACCUUAGCUAAAUUAUAGCAAUGUUGUCUUAGCUUACAGCAACAAAACCUGAGAGGUUUCAAUUUGAUGGUGCUUAUACGACCUGAAGACAACACUUUGUCGGAAUUGCAAUUCUCAACCAAAGAAAAAAAAUAGGGCACAGGCGAAAAAUGCCCCGUUUUUAUCGCAUGCAAAGACUGAAGGUUUGAUCACAUUUGUCUCCUGAAAAUACCUCAAAGUUUUGUAAGAAGUAAGCUAAGAAGGUUAGGGUUAAGCUAAGAGAGUUUUUAGAGUUUUCCAGGCUAACUGCAAAACUCCAACAUGCUUAAAGGACAAGUCGACGUUAACAGUAACAACAACUUGCCGAAUUGAAUUUACGAUCCAUCGAACAUUUUUAUAUCUUUCGACACAUGCCCGUCGACAUGCACUCCCUUUUAUCGAUGCCAUCUUUUUGAAACACCUGAUGACAUUUUUACAUCGUGAUUCUUCUGUACAUAAGUAUGAUAAUUAUUUUUAAAAUGCAAGACUGUAAAUAUUUUGUGCGAAAUGAUAUGUAAUAUUUUGAAACGAAAUAGCAUUUUAGGUAUUUAUCUCUUGGACAUAAAAAGUUAACAAAUAACCAUUCCAUAUUUAAAAUUAGAAUUAAGAUAUUUCAAACAGCGAAUAACGUUUAAGCUUCUUACAGGGCGGGAGAGAUAACAGCUGGGCGAAUAACAUCAACUGUAUUAUGUAUAUAAUCAUUUUCCAAUAGUUAUUGCAACAAAAAGAUAGAAUUUGUAUGGGAAUAGCCUUGGCCAUUAAUUCGUAUCGGUUCACCUGCAAUGUCAUAAUAAAAAGAUCGUUUUCAAAAUCAUUUGAUACCAGUUGAAGCCGUACAUAUACCAAAAAUGAAAU